AGGUAAACACUCGGUUGCGUCGUUGUUAUUGUCCAGCUCGACACACUUAUCCACAGCUGCUGCAGAUUUCGACACAGUUUCGUUCCACUUUUGUUUUGAGAUUUAGUCCAGAAUUGACGACGACGGAGGAGGAGGCAAAGGAAUCACAAUGGCGCUACCUAAGGACGCUUCGUCGGAGGAGAGUUUGCAAGGCUCCUGGGUGGAGUUGCACUUCAGCGGGGCGGCUUCACAAAGCAGCCAGGAGCUGCUGAUGCCCACGUCCACCCAGGAUGACGUGGAGAACAUGCUGCUGGACGCCCAACAUGAGUCCGCCAGGAACAGCUCAGGGGGAAGCUCGCAAUGCAACAGUCCACUCAGAGGACACACCCCACUGCUUGUGUGGAGAGGCUCUGAAGGAAGUAGCUUGCAGUCGGACGAGGACCUCCAGGAGAGAAGACAGGAAGUGGAAAUGAUAAUGAUGAACAAAAAUUCCGACUGGAUCUGGGACUUGCCCAGCCGACCAGAGAAUAAUCCACCAAAGGAGUUCCUGCUCAAGCACCCCAAGCGCUCCGCCCCGCUCAGCAUCCGCAACACCAGCGUCAUGAAGAAGGGCGGCGUGCUUUCGGCCGACUUCCUGCAGCUUUUCCUGCCCUCGUUAAUCAUCUCGCACCUACUCGCCGUCGGCUUAGGGAUCUAUAUCGGGAAGCGACUGACCUCCCACAGCGCCCUCUGAGUAGGGAUGCGCCGUGACCUCUACGUGACCUCAGCAUGCCUUAAAUGAGAAGUUGGAAUGUGAAAAAGCAAGCGACUCUGGGCUGCUCCAUCGUGGCGGAUCCUCACGCCCGUCCACGCUUGUCCGGUUCCGCUGCUUCUUCCAGCACCUUUUGAUCUGUUUGCUUUGUACAGCGUAUUAUUACUUUCUUCAUGUACUGUGAUUAGUAUUUGCAGCGGUUCUCAGCCAUCAUCUGUCACGCCGUUUCUAGGGGGCAGAGAUUUGAAGUACAGUAAACCCUCGCUACUCUUUAGUCGAAAUUAAGCUUUUCCAAGCAUAACAAUGAACAAAAAAUGGAAAUAUGCAUUAAAAGACAUGCAGUAUUCUCCACUGGGCACCAGGUGUCAGUAACGUUACAUUAAUGAGGCAGUAGCCACCGCAGGAAGUACUGUUGAAGAAACUGGAACUGAAAAAAACAACACUAAAAUGUUUUAUUUAGUCUACUAUGUCGGAUAAUAGGAAUGUAAAUAUUAUUUCAUGUUUAGAGGGCUAAAAUUUUCUUUUUUUAAAAAAUUUUCAUGUUAAAAACACAUUAAGAAUGUUUUCUUUUAAUGCUUUAGCUACGAUAAUAUUCGAUUCAUAAAUAAGGAAUCCUACUUUGCCGAAGUUCACUUAUCACGGUCGGGUCUGGAACCAGUUAACCGUGAUAAACGAGGGAUUACUGUACUGCUAAGAGCCUGUAACGUUCAUGUAUUUAUCUGUACAAAUCACCGUACGAUUGCUGGCACACGCGUCAUUCAAGCAUGAAUAAAGCUGCCAACCUUCAA